AGAAUAAGGCUGUGUGUGUUUUUUUUUUCCUGGCGGGAAACCGAGGUUGUUUUGUGUUUGGCGGGAAACAGAGGAUGUAGGAUGAAGAUGAAUGGCAGUGAGAGUAGCUGAAGGAGGAGGUGGUAGAAGAAGAGGAGGAGGAGGAGGAGCAGGAGGAGGAGGAGGACAAGGACGAAGGGAGUGUCGGGGAGAGGAGACGGGAGUCAGAGGAGCUGAAAGAGAAAGGUGGAUAGUCGGAGGAGGAGGAGGAACAGAAGGAGGAGGAACAGAAGGAGGAGAAACAGGAGGAGGACAAGGAGGAGGAGGAGGAGGAAGAGGACGAGGAGGAGGAGCAGGAGGGAGAGUAACAUUAGUUGGGAGUGGUAAGAAGAUGUGUAGGAGGAAGUCGUAGGAGAUGGGGAAGCAGCUCGCAGGAGGAGAAAGCUGAGGAAGAGGAGGAGGAGGAGGAGGAGGAGGAGGAGGAGGAGGAGGAGAGGUAACAUUAGUUGGGAGAAGUAGGGGGAUGAAUAUGAGUCGUAGGAGAGCGGGAAGCAGCUGAAAGAGGAGGCGGCGGAUGAAGAAAGUGGGCUCGGACGGAGGUAGACGGAGUAGGUAAUCUGGCCAGGAUGACGUGGAAUCGACGAUUGUCUGUGAUUGGUUGCUGGAUUCAGAGAAAGGGACGUGCGCGACGGGUUCUAUGUUUGCAUGAGCCUUGCCAGU